UCUCUGGUUAUGUUAACCUAACUUUUUGAGUUUACACGUUUUGCCGUUGUGAAAAAUAUUGAAUUUUUGUUAAGUGCUGAGUGUUUCCUUAUACAUCAUGGCAAUUGUGCAAACUAAAUCCGUAUCAAAGAAAAGUAAACUUGAUGGAAAGAUCGUGAGACCCUCGAAAACUAAAAAGGUGAAACCAGUUAAAGAGCAGAAGCAAAAAAUUAUCAUACAAAAACCUGAGAAAACCAAGCCCCAGAGAAAGUUGAAGAAUUUAAUAUCUCUGAAAACGUAUGAUCCAAAAAUCGAAGUGAUAUCAAGCAAAUACAAUGUGCCAAUAGAGUUAGUUGAAGCAAAUGUAAGGAACAUCGUCAAGUUGGUAGAUGAAAAUCCGAAGGUACAAAAUCCCCUAUUUGAUAAUAAAUUUUCAAUAUUUCUUCAAUUAAAUGUUAUCAAAGUACCCAAAUGUUAUCCAAAAUUGGUCAGAGUAGAACUGGAACAUUCUCUGUUAGAUCCUGAAGAUGAAGUCUGUUUUAUAGUGCCUGAUCUGAAACAGUUCAAAAAUAAAGAAUAUGAAAAGCAUAUCGAGUACUAUGAAGAUUUCUUCAAACAGAAAGGAGUUGAAAAUAUCAAGAAAAUCAUUACUCUUCAUCAAUUGAAAUCAGAAUAUGAAAACUUUGAAUUAAAAAGGGGAUUGGUAGAGUUGUAUGAUAUGUUUUUAGUAGAUGGUAGAAUAAGUGGUAGAGUCGUUCAUCAAUUGGGUAAAAUUUUCUACAAAAAAAGGAAAAUACCAACACCCAUUAAAAUGGAUUCUUUAAAACUGAAGAGCAAUAUAGAGGCUGCCAUGAAAAAAAGCACAUUCCAAAUUCAUGGUAAUGGUGAUAGUUUCAUGUUACAAAUUGGUCAUAGCAAAAUGUGCGAAAGGGAGUUGGUCGAAAAUGUUUUCACUGCUCUCCAAAAUAUAGACAAAGUGUUUCCUGGAGGUAUGAAAAAUAUGAGAUCCAUCAAUAUAUUUGCGAGAAGAGGAUCAUCAUUGCCCAUAUAUGUGUCUUUAGCUAACCCCAAUACAGUAAAAGUACCCAAACUUGCAGUGAAGAAACCAAAACUUUCAAAGGUUGUUGAAGGAGAACUCACCACCAAACUGAAUGUAAGAGUGAAAGUUAAACCCACAGGAGAAGUAAUUGUUAAAAAGCAAUAAAUAUAUUUAUAUGAUAAA